AUGGUAGGGCAUGACACGCUCUUCUCCGACGGGCUGAUGGCGCUGCUGGAGCCAGAGGCGUGGAAUGCCACCUCCCGUGUGUACUCGCUCCGGCCGCUCAAGUAUGACGCUUGGACGGUGAGCGCCAACCUGCUGGGGACCUUUGACUACGUGACGCAGUACAACACAGGUGUCCUCCAGACGCGCGAGAUCCACUUUGGAGACCAGAACGAGAUCACCUCGAUCACGGACGUCUCAUGGAACGGGCGACGCAGGCUGCAAAAGUGGAUCGCGACACCGAUCAACGCCACUGAGGGCACCUUCGAGCGGUGGAACCGAGUCGAUGGCGCUGGCGUAGAGUCGGCGACAAGCGUUUCAGAUGGCGGGUACGACUAUACCGGGGUCAAGCUCUACGACCGCUCGGGCGCCUACCCCUCUCACAUCGCCGAGUGGCAGCGUGACGCCUACCCUUGGGUGUAUGACUGCACUUGA